AUGGUUUCCUUAUUCGCGACGGUUUUCCUGUGCGCAGCCUCUGUUCUGGCUUCAGCAACUCGUGCGACGACCGAAUCCACCUGCACUCUAAGUGACUCCAACGCCUGUCCGGUUGAAAGUUUUUCGUCGUUAUCCGACGAUGGUAGCGUACUUGUAUACCCAGGAGGUAACACGCGUUGCGCCUUCGACAACUACCAAGAUUCUGUGACGGGGUUUACGACGAACUCCACGUACUUCUUCCAGGUCUUUCCAAACACGAACCAAGACAAGUCCAAACUGCUGAUUUUCUUCCAAGGCGGAGGAGGCUGCACCGACAUCAAUAUAUGUGCCUUCGGAUUGGAGUGCUCACUUGCUGAGAACGCGCUGUUUACCACCGUUGCUACGGUUCGGGGAGCUGGAGUUAUCGAUCGAUUCAAGGAGGACAAUAUGUUCAAGGAGUGGAAUGUGGUAUUCGUGCCAUACUGCACGGGUGAUGCUCACGUUGGGAACCGAGUUCUUCCUGCAUUCGAAAGCGGCAUGGAGCAGCAAUUAGGUAACCCACAGUGUCUCGGAAGAGAUUUUCCCAUGUUCCUGAACGGAUACAACAAUUCCAAGUCAGCGCUGGACUGGGCACUUCAGAACUUUCCGGAUGUUGACAGCCUCGUAGUAGGAGGUGCAAGUGCUGGGUCACUGGGCGCCCAGAUUUUCAAUUCUCACAUCACCGACAUGUGGAAUGUUGAUGCCAAAGGCACACAGUUUUCAGUAAUGGCAGACAGCUCCGUCGGAGUCUUACCAGCACCACUUCUUGAAGACAAACCUGAAGCCAAGUGGCUUUUCAUCAACAGCAAAGGUGAUACAGUCCAGCGUUAUUACUACGCCCUAGUGGACGAGGGAAUCCAAGGUUACCCGUUCCCGAACCUCAUGUCGGAAGAUGAUCUCUACAAGAACAUGUCAGUGCUCCUAGAUGCGUACCAAACCAAGAGCCCACGCAUUACCACAUUUUUCGCUGAAGAGCGACAAAGGCCAGCCUCUCGGUGA